AUGAUUCCGACAGUCGGUGGACACGCUGGCAAUCUGAUUUUUGGGGAAUGUCGUGGCAGGAAGGUCGUUGUUAUGCAAGGAAGGCCACAUAUCUACGAGGGAUUUUCUAUGUGUCAGGUAUGCUCAACUAUCACUAUUGUAAUUAAGCAGAUGGCCCUUCCUAUUCGUGUGCUCAAAAUGUUGGGUGUCCACACCAUUAUUAUUACAAGUGCUGCCGGCAGUCUGAACCCUGAUUACCGCGUGGGUGACCUUGUACUUCUGAAGGACCACAUAAAUCUAAUGGGCGCAAUUGGAACGAACCCGCUAAUAGGACCAAAUGAUGAGAGAUUUGGUCCUCGGUUUAUACCCCUAUCAAAGGCCUACUCAAGGAAACUGCGCAACAUCGCCAAGUCUGCGGCUGCUAACCUAAAUCCUCCUGUAGAAUUGAAGGAAGGUGUAUAUGUACAAGUCGCGGGACCUUGCUUCGAAACCAUUUCAGAAGCAAGGUUAUACCGCUCAUUCGGCGCCGACGUUGUUGGCAUGAGUACCGCAAAUGAGGUCGUUACGGCUGCGCAUUCCGGCAUGAAUGUCCUUGCAAUUUCACUCGUUACCAACAAAGUCGUCAUGGACGAACUUUCUACUGAAGAGGCCAGCCACGAGGAGGUACUUGCCACCGGCAAGGAAAGAUUAGCAGCUAUUGAAAGCUUGAUAACUAAAAUAGUUGGGGAUCUUCCCUGA